AUGUCCAGCAUCGAGUUGUCUGCGCGACGCGAGCAGACGAGGCUGCACAAGGACUGCCUCACCAGACGGCUACCGGUGCGUCUACACUGGAGUGUGGGCUACGCACAAAUACGACGAAUUCCAACGAGGGUCGGUGACGCCGCCGGUCGACGGUGGCAUGCAGCAUUGCGGCCCGCUGGACUGUGCCCACAUCAUACCGUGUGCGCUCGGUUCUUUACACGAGAACGACGCGGUGCAAACCGCAACAAUGUGAUUCACUGGUCCUUUAUACACCGGUACUUCCCAAUCUUCCCCGACUUCUUGCAGGUGCACCUGGCCGUUGGGCAGAUACUCGACGUGAGUGGAUUGGGUCGAACCAUCUUCCGCGCACUGGACGACGCCAACUUGGCUCUCGACUGCCACGGCCCCGUCCCAACGGCGGCACGGACGCAGACGGCGUGCUGUCAUGACUCUUGUUAG